AUGAAGUGGAUGGUGGCGGCCUUGCUCUGCUUCCAGCUCCUGGAGGCAACAGUGGUCAAGUGACCCUUCUGCAAAGUCCGUCGGAAGAAAUUAAAGUCCAUCUGUGAAACCAUAAGGGAGAAGGGCUUACUGGAGGAGUUCCUGAAGACUCACACGUAUGACCCUAUCCAGAAGUACCACUUUAGUGACUUCAGUGUGACCUACAAGCCCAUGGCCUACAUGGAUGCUGCCUACUUUGGUGAGAUCAGCAUUGGGACUCCACCACAGAAUUUCCUGGUCCUUUUUGAUACUGGCUCUUCCAACCUGUGGGUGCUUGUGUACUGCCAGAGCCAGGCCUGCAGUGACUCAAUUUCCCAAAUCCUUUGACCCCACAACCACUUUGACCCCAGCCAGUCCUCCACCUACUCUACCAACGGACAGACUUUCUCCCUGCAGUAUGGCAGCAGCAGCCUCACCGGCUUCUUCGGCUACAACACUCUGACGGUGAAUGAUGUUACCUGUCCCAACCAGGAGUUUGGUCUGAAUGAGAAUGAGCUGGGCACCAAUUUUGUCUACACACAGUUUGAUGGCAUCACAGGCAUGGCCUACCCCGCCCUGGCCGUGGAUGGGGCCACCACAGCCCUGUGGGGCAUGCUGCAGGAGGAGGCCCUCACCAGCUCUAUCUUCAGCUUCUACCUUUCUAGUCAGGUCCUGGAAUCUUCUGGUCUAAGUCCACCAUUAGCUCCUAACAAGUUGUUAUCCUUACCACAAACACAAGCAAACACAGUUAUUUAUGUGGAUGGGCCUGGGAGCCAGGUGAACGAAGGGGCAGUCAUUUUUGGAGGUGCAGACCACAGCUUGUACCGGGGACAGAUCUACUGGGCCCCUGUCAUCCAGAUGCUCUACUGGCAGAUGGCACUGAGGAGUAAGUCUGUGGUGGGCAAGGCCUCCAGCUAGUGCUCCCAAGGCUGCCAGGCCAUCGUGGACACAGGCACAUAUCUGCUCACUGUGCCCCGGCAGUACAUGAGUGUCCUUCUGCAGGACACGAGGGCCCAGAAGGACCAGUAUGGAGGGUGUUUUCUUGUGAACUGUAACAACAUCCAGAACCUGCCCACCUUCACCUUCAUCAUCAGUGGUGUGCAGUUCCCUCUGCCACCCUACACCCUCAAUGAUGAUGGCUACUGCACUGUGGGAGUCGAGCCCACCUACCUGCCCUCCUAGAACGGCCAGCCCCUGUGGAUCCUCGGGGACAUCUUCCUUAGGUCCUACUAUUCCGUGUAUGACAUGGGCAAAAACAGAGCGGGCUUCGCCACUGCUGCCUAG